UCGCAAUGGAGUGCGAGGAAACGUUGCCAUUUUGUUUUGCUUACUACACCUUGGGAAAUCACCAACCUCAGGUGAGCCUACCAGGGGUUCUACACCGUACCCCAAUUUUUUCCCGACGGCGCUGCCAUAUUACCCAAAGUAGCAAAACUACUGCUGCACAACAGUCAGCAGUUGGCACAUACACGCAAGAUGCAACCACUUUGGGCAUUGUCUGGCAACUAGUGCUGUACAAAACAUUGCCAACUUACUGUCCACCCACCGGAUCUUUGGUCCCAAUACAGCUCCAAAAGUUUUCCAACAUUCCUCUUUGGUUUAUUGUGCCUGAUGAACCUGGGAAGUUUAUAAUCGCCUUCCGUGGCUCGUAUUUUUGUCACCUUGCCAUUGGGGUUCAUUCCUGCCCGAAACAGUAUCAUCCAGUUCUCCUUUUCCCCGGAUUCCAUCCUUUCCUUUGUCCACCUAUCGCAAUCACCCUUCCAGAUAUAGACCAUACACUGACAUGAAGUUCUCACUGGUCGCCCUGAUGGGCCUGGUUUCCUGGGGCCUGUGCGCCCCAAUAGAUUCACCAGGUGGAAACACCACCGAGACUAACAGCCUCACCAAGCGCGCAAAAUUCUCCUGCGAUAAGCUGGUCGAGGGCCUAUCUCGGGAUGACUGUAACCACAUGGCCAAGAUCGACAUGGCCGGGCAGGGCGAGAACUCCAAGACACGAACAGACAAGGGCAUCUGGGUCGGCAAGGACGGCCACACCAAGUUCAAGUUCACCAACAAGUCCAAGGGCCGCGUGGCCAUCAUCGUCUGGAACAACCCCAAGGGCGACUACGAGAGCUCUUUCAUGAACGUGCGCAAGCCGCAGGUGUCGUGGUCUCUGGCCGCCGGCCAGGGCCUGACCGUGUCGCUCAACGAGGGAGUCAGCGGCGGCUUCGCGGGCCUCUACGACACAAAGACGCCGCUGUCGCCCAUCGGCCAAAUCCACCAGACCUGGGGCGAGUUCACCACGGGUCAGUAUGCCACCAUCGACGUCAGUCGCGAGGUGCGCAUGGACGGCGACAAGAUGUCGAUCAAGACCCCGAUCGGCUGCGUCUCCGACAUGGACAAGUGCGUCUUUGUCUGCAAGGACGGCAAAAACACGUGCGGUGAGAAGAACACGUACGAACUCAAGGACUGCAAGCCCGGAAGCCAGCCCGGUGCCAACUACGGCGAGCUCUUUGGCCAGCCAGAGGGUGGGUGCCAGGGCUUCGACCAGGGCGGUGAGGUCACAGUUGAUCUGCUGUGA